AUGACGAAAUGGGGAAGAAAGAAGACACCUUCUUCUUCGAUCUCCAAUCAUGUCUUCCUCAAGAACAAACAAGGCGAUGCAAGACCUGAUGAAGACCAACUUCAUUCUACAGACGUGGGGAGAAAUACAGCUAACAAGAUUUCAGAAGAUGAUGAUGUUGACUGGAAGGUUUCAUUGGAAAAAGGAAGGGACGAAGAAGGUUUCAAGAUUCUGUGUAAUUCAGAUCAUAAACUCAACGUUUCUCCUAUCGGUCAUGGAAGCUUGAUCAUCCACGGAACCGAAAUGAGAGGAUUCAUCAAUGGAGAAACAGACUCAAAUGAGGGUUUUCAGAAGUCACCUCCAGAUCAUUACCUUCCUCAAGAUUCCAACUUGGAGAAAGAAUGGCAGAAACUGAAAAACAUGGAAAUCAAUGAGGAUCAAAACCAGCGGAAAUCUGUUCACAUAAGGUCAAAGCAUGGUCCAAAAGUCAGAACUUAUAAUUCUCCAAGGACAGAUGACAAAAUGAUCUCAGAUGUGAAGAAACCAUGGAUGAAGAUGAAGAAAGAUAGGAGGGUGGUUGAAGAUGCAUUCAGCACGGAUUUCGACAGUUUUGCGAUCGUGAAAACUUCAUACAAUCCACAGAAGGAUUUCAGAGAGUCGAUGACGGAGAUGAUAAUGGAGAAGCAACUGAAGAAACGUGAAGAACUUGAGGAACUUUUGGCAUGUUAUUUGACACUAAAUUGUGAUGGAUUUCAUGAUCUCAUUGUUAAUGUCUUUCGACAGGUGUGGUUCGAACUGAACCAACUUCAUUUUGAUCAACAUAUGGAGUUUUGAACGUUAACCGAUCAGCUAAGCUUACUUGUAAUAAUCUGUAGGUAUA